GCAUCCACGCUCGAUUCGGCCGUUUUCCGCAUCCACGGUGCCAGGCGACCGCCGCCGCUUCCCUACUCACCCUUGGCCGGCGACGACGAGCGCCCACUACGGCAGGAUGACGACGCUCAGGAACCUCAAGAUCAAGACGUCGACGUGCAAGAGGAUCGUGAAGGAGCUGCGCUCGUACGAGAAGGAGGUGGAGAAGGAGGCUGCCAAGACCGCCGACAUGAAGGAGAAGGGCGCCGAUCCCUACGACCUCAAACAGCAGGAGAAUGUUUUGGCUGAGUCAAGGAUGAUGGUCCCAGACUGCCACAAACGACUUGAAACUGCACUGGCUGACUUGAAAGCAACACUGGCUGAACUGAAGGAGUCAAAUGAGCAAGGUGCCGAGAUUGGAGAAGCUGAGAGUACAAUCGCAGAAGUUGAAGCAGUUGUCAAGCCAGCAGAAGAUUAAACUAAAAAAAACUCUUGGUUUGCUGAACUGUUAGCGCACAUCCUAUUUUCUCAUAUUCAGCCCUUGUGAGCUUAUUACGAUAUGUUUGAGGCGUCAAAUCCUGUACCAUUAUCAUCACUUCUGUCUUGAAAUUUGAGUUUUAUGUUCCCAAGUUCAAAGCGUUACUGUUUGUUGUCUGGGAGAGCGCACAUCCCUGGCUUCUCCGGGAAGUUGUUAGUGUAAAUUGAAAUUAAGAAAAAAUGGACGAAUUUGAAUAC